CAUUUAAAACAUUUGUACACUCUGUGAAAGUAAAUCGAACCUUGUGUAAAAUGCUACUCACUGAUGGACUGGCCAUUGUUGGAGGAUUUAUUGUGGUUUUGCUUCUGCUGAAACUGCUCUGGAGGUGUUGGUGUGGAUUCAGACAGUUUGUUUUAUCUGAGAUUUGGCAAGUGGAUCUGAGGACAUACGGGCAAUGGGCAGUUGUCACUGGUGCCACAUCUGGUAUUGGUAAAGCUUAUGCCAGCGAGCUGGCACGAAGAGGUCUGGAUGUUAUUCUGAUUAGCAGAUCCACUGAUAAGCUUCGAAUGGUUGCAAAAGAGAUAAAGGAUCAGUAUGGACGAAAGACACGUACCAUACAGGUGGAUUUUACUGAAGGUCAAAGUAUCUACCCGCUAAUAGCCAAAGAACUGCAAGACCUGGAGAUUGGAAUUCUGGUCAACAACGUUGGAAUGACCUACUCUGAUCAUUUUGCCUAUUUCCUGGAGGCACCUGAUGCUGAACAGAAAAUAACUCAAGUGGUCAACUGUAACAUGCUGUCUGUUCCUCAGAUGACCCGGCUGGUUCUUCCAGGCAUGGUUGAACGAGGGACAGGUCUGAUUAUUAACAUCUCCUCCCAAGUUGCCGUCCGCCCACAACCUUUAUUAUGUCUUUAUUCUGCCACCAAGAUUUUUGUGACAUAUUUCUCUCAGUGUCUGCAGGCUGAGUACAAGUCAAAAGGCAUCACGGUUCAGUGUGUGGUCCCUUUCCUGGUGUCCACCAACAUGACCACCUUGCCAGUCAACUGCAUGGUGAAGAGUGCUCCAGGAUUUGCCCAUGAUGCCUUGAACACCGUGGGUUACUCCACCUACACCAGUGGCUGUUUGUCCCACGCCCUCCAGAGCGUGGCCCUGUCAGUACUGGUACCAGACUGGUUUCUGAUGUCCUCAUUCCUCAUCAGACAGUUCAGAAAACUUGCAAAACAGAGAAAACAGGAGAGAAAAGCUCAGUGAAAAGUAGGAGUAAGUGCUGCAGAAUAUCUGGCCACAUCUGCAUGGGAGCUGAUGUUCACUGAACACGAAUAAAGGUCACUGACAUUAAUGUCCAACAUUUGGCCAUCAUGUUCACUUCUCAAAAACCUUAAAAUGACUCUGCUUUAAUGCCUUCAGUAGAUGUUGUACAUCUAUUUUUAACUACA